CAAGCCAAUGGUACAUUCCGGCCGUGCUCCUGGCUGUUUUUGUAUCCGCUUCAGAGCACGUUCAACCGCCAACUAAGUUACGUUUUUGCCAUGUCACAGAAAACAAGCAAAGAGGUUACGUAUGUUUGAUGAAGAACGGAUACUCGCUAGCGUCUUAAGACAGUUCGUGGGACAAACGAUAUGAACUAAGAGCGUGUUGGGGGGGUUUUAUUCGAAGGCGGUGUGUGGCUAUAUUUGUGCUGCUGGUGCUUUUGGGUCCGUGAACGCCGCACUGUGAAGCUACAAGCCUCAUGUUUUCGUCCAGCCAAGAGGAGCACUGCGCCCCUUCCAAAGACCCUGUUCAAUACGGCGAGCUGGUCGUGUUGGGGUACAAUGGCUCUCUGCCCAAUGGAGAUCGCGGUAGACGGAAAAGCAGAUUUGCGCUAUACAAGAGGACCAAAGCCAACGGUGUUAAGCCAAGCACAGUGCACAUCCUCAACACACCCCAAGACAGCAAGGCCGUGAACUCUAAAGGCCAACACAGCAUCUCAUACACGCUGUCUCGGAACCACACAGUGGUGGUGGAGUACAGCUAUGAUAAAGACACGGACAUGUUUCAGAUUGGCCGUUCCACGGAGAGUCCCAUCGACUUUGUGGUGACAGACACCAUAGCGGGAGGCCAAGAGGGCGAGGAGACUCCCAUCACACAGAGCACCAUCUCACGUUUUGCCUGUCGGGUCGUCUGUGAGCGCAACCCUCCUUAUACGGCUCGUAUCUACGCAGCCGGGUUUGACUCUUCCAAGAAUAUUUUCCUUGGGGAAAAAGCUGCAAAAUGGAAGAACCCUGAUGGUCACAUGGAUGGCCUGACUACCAAUGGUGUGCUGGUGAUGCACCCCAAAGGUGGCUUCACAGAGGAAUCCAAGCCCGGCGUAUGGCGAGAGAUUUCAGUGUGUGGGGAUGUUUACACCCUGAGAGAGACACGCUCUGCACAGACUCCAGGCAAACUGGUGGAGAUUGAGAGUAAUGUCCUCCAGGACGGCUCGCUGGUGGACUUGUGCGGCGCAACUUUGCUGUGGCGCACGGCUGAAGGCCUUUUUCACACCCCCACCCAAAAGCACCUGGAGGCCCUUCGACAGGAAAUCAACGCGGCGCGGCCCCAAUGCCCUGUAGGUCUCAACACCCUCGCCUUCCCCAGCAUCCAACGCAGCCGCGCCCUCUCCUGCCUGGAGGACAAGCAGCCGUGGGUGUACUUGGCGUGCGGCCACGUGCACGGUUACCACAACUGGGGUCAUCGGUCCGAGCAGGAGGCCAACACCCGGCGAGAGUGCCCCAUGUGCAGGAUGGUGGGCCCCUACGUGCCGCUCUGGCUGGGCUGCGAGCCCGCCUUCUACGUGGACACGGGCGCCCCCACGCACGCCUUCGUGCCGUGCGGACACGUGUGCUCGGAGAAGUCCGUGAAGUACUGGUCGGAGAUCCCGCUGCCCCACGGCACCCACGCCUUCCACGCCGCUUGCCCCUUCUGCGCCACCCAGCUCAGCCUGGCUCAGGGCUGCUCCAAGCUCAUCUUCCAAGGCCCGGUGGACUGAGCUCCUGGGGCCACUUCAACCACAACAUGCUGUGAAAUGGACCGUCAUUCCCCUCUUGUGGAAAGCUCAGGUGGUUUUUGGAUUGGACAUGUGAAGCCCUUCCCUUCCAGAACCAUCCACUGUUCCAGCUGUCCUGCCAAGCAACCGCUUCAAAGAAGAAAGGCCUGUUGGAUUUGACUCUUUUUACUCUUUUUAAACUUGCGCAAGUGGAGGUGAGGUUUUCAAGAGCCAGACAGCUGGACUGUUUGCUCGGAGGCCCUGAUGCUCCUUAUUUUCUCCUUUAACCCCCAAACAGCAUCUUCUAACCCUGUGGAGGUGGCUUUCAUUUAUUGGCGUGGGAUACACAGAAUUCAGUGCCUCUAAUCCCAUGAAGCCGUGAGAACAUAUUAUACCGAUAUGUAGUUGACGGCAAGAGGAGAGGUAGAUUUGCAUACGACAGCCCACAAGGAUCAUAUUUGUAUCAACAGAAGAGCUAUUUUACUACACCUCGCACUGUUUUCUAAUGCAAAUGUUAAUAUAUUUUCCUGCAUAAAUAA